AUGGGCAAGAAUCAGUCCAAGCUCACGCCUGAGCAGCUCGUCGAUCUGCAGAAGAGCACAUAUUUCGACCGCAAGGAGCUUCAGCAGUGGUACAAAGGCUUCCUCAAGGACUGCCCUUCUGGUGUUCUGGACAAGGCCGAGUUCUCGCGCAUCUACAAGCAGUUCUUCCCCUUUGGCGAUCCAUCAACUUUCGCAGAAUUCGUCUUCAACGUCUUCGACGAGAACAAGAAUGGCACAAUCGACUUCAAGGAGUUCAUCUGUGCGCUGAGCGUUACAUCGAGGGGCAGGCUAGACGAGAAGCUGAGGUGGGCGUUCCAGCUGUAUGAUUUGGACGGCGAUGGAACGAUCACCUACAAUGAGAUGCUCACCAUUGUCAGGAGUAUCUACAAAAUGACCGGCCAGAUGGUCAAGCUACCAGAGGACGAAGACACCCCAGAGAAGCGCGUUGACAAGCUUUUCAAGAUGAUGGACAAGGACAAGAAUGCCCAGCUUUCCUUCGAAGAAUUCCAGGAGGGAUCAAAGGCAGACCCGACGAUCAUCAGCGCUCUCACUCUGUACGACGGUCUCGUAUAG